UAUCAUAAAACAGCUGUAUUUUGUGUAUUGCAUUGUUUAAUUUUAAUUUACCAAUUUAAAAAUCAUGUCGCUGGUUGCCUAUGCCGCCAGUUCUGAUGAAGAUUCGGAGUCCGAGGAGGAAAACCCAGGGCCACAAGUGGAACAGGUGAAACCACAGGCCAAGCCAAGCACAAUUGCUUCCCAUGAGGCGGCGUCUGUAGAACCUGUAUCAACCAGUGGUCACAUUAGCGAUGAAGACGAUGACUACGUGCCGCAAGAGGUGUCCUUGCAGGAACUCAAAACGCCCACCGCCAGACUCACAAUGGCUUUACCCAAGCCAAAAGUCAUUGCACCCGCAGAAAACACUGAAGAAGAAGAUGUGGAUCAACUAGUGACCCCUGCAUUUGCCAAGUUGCCAAUGCCUCGAACAGCAGCGCCAACAAAACUCAUCAUUGAAGAGAAGGAUGAUGAAUUUCUGCACAAAAAGGCGCUGCCAGUUGAAAUAGAGAAACCUCCACCACCGCCAGUUAAAGGGCGUGUCAAGAUCAGCAUUCCAUCGCUGCGGGAGUUCUCCGAUGUGGACCGGGAGAAGGCUGACAAGGCCAAGAACAAAGUUGACAAACCAAAUGUUCCCAAGGGAUCCGGGCUGCUGAGUCUGCUCCCCCAGGCAAAGUCAGAGCGAAAUUUCUCCAAGAGCUCUAGCUCCUCAUCAUCUGUGGCAGCCACUCCCACAGCAAGCUCUUCAAAUGCACCCCAAGCUACAAGUGCUCCCGUCCAGCCUCGAUCCGCACCAGCUUUUGUGCCCGAUACAGUAAAACAGCGACGAGCAGCGCACAACACUGAAGGUGUGGAUUGCACUAAGGCUGUCCAAAAGAAGAAUACCGAAGGAAAGGAAGCUUCAAAGCCGAUGCAAUCAAAAACUAAAGCUAAAACCACUUCCCUGGUGAAUGCCAGUGAUAGUGAAGACGACGAUGAGGAUGGCACUGGCGACUUCUUCUCCCUUAACUCUGAACAAAAGUUGCCGGAGGUGAGCAGCAACGAGAUCAGCGCCCUAGUGGCCAAGCGAGCAGCCAAGAUGGUGGAGGCCAGCAGCAAAUACCUCGAAGAGAUCGCCGAGAAGGAAGCAGCCGAAGCAGAGGCCGCCCGCCUUGAAGAGGAGCAGACGCAGCAGGCUCAAAAACGGUAUCACGAGCAGCAGCUAAACCCCGAGGCCAUGGACGCACUGGUGGGCAAAAACGCCAAGCGGCGGCGGAAGGAGGCCAAGGAGAUGCAGGUGAUCGACAUAGUCGGAUCGCAGGUACUUCCCGAUCGCGAGGAAUGGAUGCGAACGGCGCUGGCCUCAUCCACCACCUUCCAGCCCACCGGAGUGCUGACGGAUGAGGAGCCGGUGGCAGGGACGCGGCGAAAGCACCAGAUCACCUACCUGGCGCACAAGGCCAAGGCAAACGAAGCCGAAUUGCAGGCAAUGUGGUCGGCCAACCGGCAGACCCGUCGGGCCACCCAAAGCAAAUACGGCUUUUGAGUUUCCACUUUAUGUACACCUUAUCCUAAAAUACAUGCUUAAUCCUA